GGAUACGUUGUUUGCAGCAAACGGUGAAUACGGCUGAAAUUGUUUGGAGUUCCCGACGUGUACUGUGGCUGCAUGUGAGACGUUAGGGAGUGCAUAUGAAUAUUAAAUAUUAAAUGAGGUGAAAUUAAAUGGCCACAGAAAGUGCGUGGUUCCAGGCCGAUAAGUAUUCAAGCAAAAAUUCAUAGUGCAGCAGUGCGAGCGUCCGACUCCAAGAACUAGAAAUAAUUUUGUGCGUAAUUUGCUCACCUUAUUCGAGUUGUCGUCGUUUCGUUAAGCGAAACGCUAUCAGUCACCGAGAGCGAAGUUUUUGUUGCACGGUAUAGUUCAAGUUCAAAGCUAAAAGUGUUCGCGUAAUCUGAUUAUCUCCGAAAAAGUCCGGUUGCACUCGCUUAGUGAAUAACCGCUUAUGUAUGGGUUCGUUUUUUGGUGAUUUUCGCGUGUGAUUCUUCGCCUAGGUUCGUGUCCAACACAUUUCCUAAAUUAACAUAUCAAUUAGCUCCGUACACAUCGUGUAACACAAAUUCAUGCACACUUCGUCCCUUUGGCUGCGAGCUUGAACGGCCACUAGGCGCAACCACAACAAGGCUGCCUUCAGGUUGAAUUGUGUGGAUGCCGUCUAAUUUGGUCUUGCAUGUCAACAUCUCCAAUUAUCACUCAGACCCGCAAGGACUUUUGCUAGAUGUAUAUGGACAAUGAGAACAGAUAAUUUUUACUGUUCAAAACUGCCAAGAAAACCAAUGAAAUGAGAAUACAAAAUUCAUCUACUGCGUAUCUAAAAAGGCGACAUUAUGAGCGGAGAAAGAACUUUUCAACAUUCACGAAGACCACCUGACGUCGAGGAGGCACUCUCGUCUAUGCUGUGGACACCAUAUGAGCCUACUUCCACCGAGAGUUCCUCUGAUGAAGAUGAUCGGUGUCGAAUCAAUCGCCUUCAUAAGUCUCAUAGCAGCUAUGAUCGUCGAUAUGCUUACGAGCCACUCACCACAACAGGCUAUGAGGUGGAAAACCGUUUUUGUUCGCCUGCGAUGAUGACUGUACCAACAACAACAAAUGUAGCUAAUUCCCUGCAAUCAACACCUUUUGUGCCUUUCACUAAUUAUUUCUACAACAACAGAAACAACACCGAUUCUAGCGAUUCCCCAAAAAUCAGCUCAAAUCGCAAACAAAGGAACUCAUUCAAAGAUGGUAGUUUACGAUUCUCAUAUCCAUAUUAUGGGCCCAUACCUAGCCUAAACAAAUGGUGGGCCCCAUCGAUUGGGUCAAAAGAGCCUCCUUCGUAUGACUCGCUUUAUCUGAAAGAAUCGUUGAAAUCAAAAGAGGUAGUAGCGCAUACAAACGACAUUAAUUCUAAAUCGCUUAACUCAGAUGAUUUCUCAACAAUUAAAAGUGCUGAAUUCGACGAGCGGAAGACUGAAAAUUAUUUCAACAAACCAUCGCCGAAUGAGUCCUAUUCUCAGCCAUUGGGAAAAUUGGAAAAUAUAAUACGCUCCACGGCAGCAAGCGAGACAUGCUGUGACAAUGCGGCUCACAAUCGAGUCGAUAACAACAACGACAACACCAACCAAGACCACGAGGUGAAAGAAAACUUGCUAAAGAAUAUUCGAUCACAACAAACUGAAGAAUGCAAAAAUAAAAUGAAUAAAAGCAACAAUAAUGAGCAAAAUGAUGAUGACGAUGAUGACGAAGCCGACAGCCGCAGAAAGAAAAUUCAAGUAAAGCAACACGCCAAUAAUUCACAAUCAAAUGCAAUGGCGCUGUCGAUAACUGCAGCAAUCACAGCAGAAACGAACAACACAACAAAAGAAGCGGAAAGACCAAAAACAACAACACUCGACGGAGAGGAGGUCAGUCAACCUGUUUCCUACAUCGACAGCAACGAAAACUCUCUCCUCUCCUCAGAUGUACGCACCCGUGUCGUAAACAAUCAGAAAUGCAAAAACAAUGCUUUUGGCCGGAGACUCGAUACAAAUUCAAUGAAUGGUGUUUGCUCAAACAAUGGAAUGGACGCCGCUGGAGUGAGCACAUUAUCAAACCUGUUUGCUGAGUUGCAGAGCGACAAAGCGACAAGCGCGAAGAGAGCAUGUAGCAGAAAUUGGGAAAGCAACUUCACUGAAAUCUACGCUGAGCCACCGGUGGUUGAUGCAGUGACGAUCAUUCAAUCCGUGUCGCGCUCAUUCGACGGUCGUUUAGGUGCGUGUCAGUCGCGUUCCUCGUUAGUUGCUUUGCCGUCGUAUUCGCAUUUGUGGGAAAAGACAUUAAACAGUGUGCGAUCCAAAGUCAAGCGGGUGACACGAUCAAGAUUCGAAAUCGUACCACCGUCCGAUGCGUUAACACCCAAUAAAUGUCUGGCGGAACUCGAACGAUUGUAUGCUGAAUUUCGUGCGAGUGAAAGUGCGCUUGCGGCAGCGCGAAAAGAUGCUGACGAAGACAGCAGAAGUAUUGAAAGUCGUCAACAUUGCUUCAACCGUAUUCAAAGUGAUAGAGGAGAUAGUGGGUCCAAUUGCGCGGAUGAAUGUGAACUUUUGACUGCUAAUAGUAGUGCCUCUGUAGCAAACCCAAACUCGUCGCUCAGCAUGCGCCUUAGUGUACCUGCUCCGACGGACGGGUCGUUCCGCUCCUCAGCCGCGGACUUGCAAACGCAGCAAGUUCAAACAUCGAAAGUUUUGCCCACCAGCAGAACAAGCAGCGUGUUUUUAGGCAGUCCUGACUAUGUGGCCGCGAGUUGCCCGCCCAGUAAUGGUCGCCAGAGGAGUAUUAGUGUUAGCAGCGACGAUCGCUGCAGUAAUCUUCUACAUGAAAAUAAGCAGAAUAACGGCAAUUGCUUCAAUAGUGAAGAAAAUGAAAAAAUUUACAUUGACGAUGUUGUUGUUGGUGCCAUUGAAAAUGCCAAGGGGAGCAAUAAUAACGCGACGGAACCGGUGCUGGCCUCAUCGGCUACUAGGCACCAGGCUAGCCUGACGAUACACGUGAAUUCUGAUAAAAGUGAUCAAAACAACAACAGUAAUUGCAUUUAUAAUAAAAAUAAUAGAAGUAUUUAUAAUUUAACAAAUAAUUGUGUAAAUAAUAGCGAUAAUAUUGCUCAUAUUGGAGUAGAAGCGGCGUUGCAAAAUGUUAAAGUUUAUGUGCAACAAGAAAAUAUUGUUAAAAAUAAUGGCGUCAGUGUAGUCAAUUGUAAUUAUUCCAGUGCUUAUCAAACCAACAACGCAAUUACAAUAACACCAGUGAGCAGUGCCAGUGUUAACAGAAGUGGUGAUAGUGAAGUGAGUGUAGUACCUAAUAAUAUAUGUAAGGUAAAAAAUAUUACAGCCAGAAGUGAUUCCAAUGGAAAUGAAAUUGAAAUCGGUAAUUUUGCCGAGGAUAUUAAUGUAAUUGGUUUAAAUCCUCCGUCAACGAGUGCGCUCAGAGGGGGGCCCCAGCAGAGGGCGAAUACAUCCACGACCGUCUCGCCAACAAGAUCGGCCUCAACGAAUGAAUUACAAUCACAAGCUAACAGUGUGCCUCGAUCUGCUACAUUUCCACCAGUCAUAGUAUCAGAUGUUUCCCGUACAUUUACAUCGACGGAGUGUCAAACAGAUGAAAUACCAGCCGCACGAUUACGAUCUAAUCGAGUGCCGGUCUCACCAGUUUCAAAUCGUGUUCAAAGACGGCGUGAUAGACGAGAACGUCGUCAAUUACAGCAACAAUUGUCCUCAUCCUACCCGCAUCCUCAGCAUUUGCAUAUGCCUUCUGUACUGCGCCGACCUCAAGAUCGUCACUCUAUGCCUCCUGGCCCAGUGUCUAUGUCAAGUAUAGCCGCGUUGCAUCUACAAUCCAGCAUCCAUCACUCCGCAACAACUCCGAUGCAAUCUGCAAUGUCGACGUUGUUACGUCCCAUGAUUCCAGAUCUUUUACAUAGACAUUUUCCUCCACCCUAUAGUGCAUUGCCAUUGAAUGGUUGUUCGACAUCAGUAGUAACUUCGUCGCCACCUCCCACAAUAGUGGGACCCAUACCGCCACCACCACCAGGCACAACUCUUCUUACGCCUGUGAUAUCAACCGUUCCUAUGCCAGGUGUUGCGCCGCCAGUUGUCAGCGAAGGGUGCUUCACUUUACCACUGCCGAUCAUAAGGAGAUCUCCCUCCGAACGUUCUGGAAAAGGCUGCUGCGGUCAAUGGUUUGCGGGGCCACCGUUGCGGGCGUUGAUUGCUGUGGUUGCCCUGGGUGGGAUUGCCUGCGCUUUAGGCGGUGCAGCGUUAGGAGCAACCGGACUUGCAGGACCCCCCACCUCUCAUCUUACAGCCGCUCUUCUAAUGAUUGGUGUUGGUGUUGUCCUAGUGACUGUGAGUGGAGCAGCUUGGAGGAUGACAGCGCCUGGUGGACCACCAUGCUUGGGCUUAGGAUCAGCAGUCGACUUAGGGCGUUGUGGGCGACGACCAUGUGGACGAGGAGGUGGCAACGCACAUGGCUUACUUUAUCCUGAAUUCCAACAUCGGCCACCACCACCUUCCUACCAGGCCAGUAUGCAGGAAUACAGAUUGAGACUUUUGCUAUUGGACCGAGAUAGACAAAAUGGAGUUGUACGUGGAAACUCUCCCCCUCCCACAUAUCGAUCCUAUACCGGCAGUUUGCUUAGAGCACCAUUAACGACAACGAGCAGGAACGGUGGUGCGACUGGAAGCAUAGCUUCAGAAUAUAGCCUUCCGCCAAGUUAUAGAUCACGCAUCACCACACCAGCUACGAUAUCCAGUGGACGCAGUGUUGAUAUUGCGUCAUCGGACCGUCUUCUGGCUGACAAAGAUAGCGCCGAACAAUGCACUACACAAAAAUCGCCGAAUAGCCAAACUGACUCCACAAACGUCUCUCCGCCAGAACGGCCGACGGUAAGUACAGCAGAGAAGUCACAAGGCCUCCAACAGCGCCAAAAAUCACGUUUUCAUCAGGUGCACACCUCGGCGAUUGUGGAAAUCGAGGCGACAAGUAGUGGAGUAGUUCAACCAAAUAUUAAAAAUGUCCUCGAAGUGAACAAAGUAGACGAAACGAAGGCUACAAGCUCUACAGCUCAUAGAGAACUGGUUACGAUUGUUACCAUAUCUAAGAAUGAUGCCCAAUCCGACAGAGAUUUACCCAUCGGUGGUGAGCAUAUUGAAAUAUUGGCACACCUGUAAGUCCGUACACCGCAUUGGGUAACAUCAAAUGUGGAUUUAUAGUGAAGUUAAGGUGUAUUCAAUUGUUUUAAAUUCCAAUGUCAUGUAAAGUUUUGUAAGAAUUUUUGUACAAACUGAACUCAUUGUAGACAUACAUACACUUACAUACAUAAUAAAGUUAAUUCCAAAAAGUGUAUAUGUAGGCAUGCAGAAAAUGUUAAUCUCUCUUAAUCUCUAGUUUAGGUUGAAAAUUAUUUAUUUACAAACGCAAAAUAUUUAUUGAUGUGCGGAUGUUAGUGAUAAUUAUAUUAAAAUGUUAAGUUUGGAUUCAUUCGAUAAAGAAUGUGUGUACACAACGGAGUUUUCGUCUCGAAAUGUUUGGACAUUUAUUGCGCCUUUAGAGCUCUUUGCUCAAUCGUCAACAUUUCGCCCCUCACUCUGGCAAGUGGAUUUUCGGCUUCCUUUUCGCUGCAAUACGAAACACACACAGAGGACACAAAGCAGAAUUCAGCGAUUUUGGUUCAUAUAAAUGUGAACUUUCAUAGCGAAACGAAAGCAUCCAAUAUGCCUCCUUAUUUAUUGUAAAAUGUGAAAAAUAAAUGAGUGACAUAAUAAACCAACAAAUGAGUAACUAUCAAAGUUAAGAGAAACUUUCAAACUACAGUUAUUACAAUACAGAAUCCAUUUGCUCUUUUAUUGAAUAAAAAAAAAAUCUCGAAAUUAAUUUAUAUGUAUAGAAAGUGAACGCAUAGUUCCACUACUAAGAAUAAAGAAAAAUUGUAUGUUUAUUAUACGCAAGUACAAUAUGAAAAUGUUAUUGAAUUUCCUUGUAAUUAGCUAUGUAUGUAUAUUAUUUUAAACACGAGGAGAAAUAAACGCAACAUAACAAUUUGUUUUUAAUUAA